AAAAAGAGAAACAAGUUAUCCUCGUUUUCUUCACCCAAACACAAACUAAAAUAACAGUCCAAUAAUAAAGCAUCGCCAUUGUCGAGAAGAAACACAAUACAACUUCAUCCUCUCUCUUACUCUCUCUCUCUAACCGGUGACUUGCCCAAUGAAAGGGUGGUCACGCCGGAAGCCUCGCCGGCGAGCGUGGUGCUGCUCGUUCGCAAUCCCUCCCUCUAGUCCCGAACUCACUUCAAUCUCCAAAUCGCCUCACAAAGCGCAACCCUUUCCCAAAAGCAGCGUUUCGGUCCCUAACUCUCCUCAGAGCGCCAAAUCUGGGUUCCCCAUCGUGGGUCGGAUCGACCCGCGCCGGAUCUUGUCGCCGGGAAGAGUCUCUCCCAUUGACUCGGAUCCCACCCCCUCCGUGUCGCAACUCCGAUCCCCUAGCUUUCGAGCUCCCUCCCCGCCGCCGGUGGCGGAUGCCGCGGCGCUGGACGUGAAGCUAAAGCUGCGAGGGAAGAACGGGGGGAGCAUGGUGAUGGAGGUGGACUCAGAGGUUCUUGAAGCGAACUCGGAGGUGUUUGCGGGUUUGAUAGCGGAUUGCAAGAGAGGUGGGGGUGGAGCGACGAUGGAGGUGGAGAACUUGGGUGUGUUCAGUGACACCAUCGAGCUUAUGUUUGAAGAUGAUGAUUGCAUCACCAAGAAGCUCAUCAACGUUGGCGUUUUUCGCUCCAUUGACAUUUUAGAGGUUUCGGCAGGAAUUAUGUUCACUAAGGGCGUUCGGUGUUGUUUAAAGUACCUUGAGGCGGUUCCUUGGACUGAGGAGGAAGAAGAGAAACUGAGGAGCCUUUUCACAAGAUUUGAGUUCGAUGAUGCAACAACAAGAGACAUUUUGGGAAGACUGUACUUGCACGACUCAGUAGAUUUCCGGCCAAACGUUGCACAACAACUUGUUCGGUCUAUCACCACUUCUGAGGAUGCAAAUGCCAGAACUGAAAUGAAGUCACUAGUCAAGGGUCUUCUCUGCAAAAGUUCUGUGUAUGAGAAGAACCAUCUUGACCUUAGCAAGGAGGAUCUAUUUACUGUUUGUGACUCGUGUUUGAGUUCACUUAUCAGUCUCUUUGAAGAGGCAUCAGAUACCAUGCGUCCUGAAAGGUUGAUUACAAAAGACACGAGCAAGCCUCUGAUUGAACGAAUCUCAAGACAGGUUGAUAACAUUAACUGGUUGCUUGAAAUUAUGCUGGAUGGGCAAGUGGCAGAGGACUUUGUGGAUGUAUGGGCACGUCAGGAAAAGCUUCUUAAAAUGCAUGACGUUACCUCCCCUAUGAUAAGAUAUGAGCUCAGUAGAGUCUCGGCAAUCCUAUUUGUUGCUAUGGGUACGAGAAAACUGCAAUGCCCUUUGGAGGCUAGAUCAGGGCUUCUCCAAGCAUGGUUUGGACCUAUGCUGUUGGACUUUGGUUGGCUUCAAAGAUGCAAAAAAGGGCUUGAUAUGAAGGCCUUGGAAGAGGCUAUGGGGCAGACACUACUUACUUUACCUUUAAAGCAGCAGUAUGUGCUGUUUAUGGAAUGGUUUCGGCAUUUUUCAAGACAUGGCACUGAGUGCCCAAAUAUGGGCAAGGCAUUCCAAAUUUGGUGGCGUAGAUCUUUCUUAAGAAGCUCUGAGGCUGUUGAAUCAAGAUAGAUGGUAUCGUGAUUUGUCUUUUAUAGUGUGUAGAGUUGGAAUUAAGUGAGAUAUUCUAAUUUAUUUGAACUGAAUAACGUAGUUAAAUAGGAUCAUCAUCCUCGCAACUGACUGGCAUCAGGUUUUCUAGAUGUUUUCCCCUUUGUUAUUUGUUGACUACGGUGAAUUAAAACCUGAAGGCUUCUACUC